UUUCACAUCCAAACCCAAUAACACUCCUCUUUGCGCGCUUGGAGCGGACGCAGAGCUGUUGCUCCCUCUCUACGGCCAUGGCGGUGGCGGCGGUGAUGAAAAGGCCGGUGGCGGACAUACCGGCCUUCUUCCGCCCACCCUUUGCUCUUCUUAGAAGCCUGAGCACUUCCGUCGCUCCUCCGGCUUCGAGUUCUUCAGCCGCUAGCGAGUCGAAGCCGAAGCGGAGGAAGAAGAAGAACCUGUUCGACGUGAUACAGUUCCUCCCCGACUGGGGGAUCGGCUACAGGGUGGCGAAGACCCAUUGGAGAGAUGUCUCCUACGAGCUCUCCAAGAUCAAUCUCUAUAAGGAUGGGCGACACGGCAAGGCGUGGGGGAUUAGAUACAAGGCUGGUUUUCCAGCAGCAGAUGCUCCUGUGAAAAUGAGUGGCAUAAACAAGCGCGGAUGGAAGUAUGUUCCAGAGUCUGCAAAGAACAUUCAAAACUCUCCCAAAGUGGUGGAGCAGAGCUUGGCUUAGUUUUGAGGCUUUGUAGUGCACCUUGUCUAUUCCUCUGUUCUUGCUGCUCAUUGUCCAUUUGUAAGGCUUUAUCAGGUGGCCUUUUGCAUGAUAGUGUUUUAAUUGAUGAGGCUUGUCUAAUCUCUGGUGGGAUUACUUAGGAUAGUUUUAAAAACACUUUAUAUUUGCAGGGAUGCAUCAUAUUAAACUUUAACAGUUGCUGUGCAGUCUUCAGCUUGAUGCAAUAGAAAUCACUACGUGCAUGCCUUAUGUAUUGUUAUUUUUGCUGGUCAACUUUCUGGACUUGUGGUGUGGAAGGAACGGACAGUCGAAUGCUCAACAACUUGUAAUUUCUAUUGCCUCAAACACUCGUUGGGCUGGAGCCUGUUGACGAUGUAUUUGGCAAAAUUAACUUUUAAUUGUAGUUUGGGUGCUUAA